AGGUUUGAUCAGAUAGGGCGAGAAUAAAUGUCGAAAGAUGACUCGCCAGGUAAACGAGAAAAUACCUGAUUUUAUUCAUGCGAAAAGUUAAAUAUAGACAUGAACUGCAUUUGUGAAGAAUGACUUCUGUCGGGGAGCAGGGACGAAUUUGUGCUAAGUGUUCUAAAGGAAUAGAAAGCGAAUGUUACGUACAAGCUUUGAAUUUCGAUUGGCAUCAAACCUGCUUCAGGUGCACAAAAUGUGACAAAUGUUUGACGACUUGGUACUUUGAGAAAGAUGGCAAGUUAUACUGUAAAAAGGACUACUGGGACAUUUAUGGAGAGGCCUGCAACAGAUGUGGUCUGGUGAUCACUGGACCAGUUAUGGUAGCUGGUGAACAUCGUUACCACCCUGAGUGUUUCCAGUGUAUAUGUUGUCGUAGUUACAUUGGUGAUGGUGACGCUUAUGGUUUGGUAGAAAGAUCAAAACUCUUCUGUGGGAGAUGUUACAAAAAGGCCAAGAAUCAGGAUUCUAACAUCCAAUUGAGUGAAAAUAAACAUUCUAUUCAACUGUUGGAUAUACCAGCCACACCUGAUAAAAAGAGAGGCCUAGAUUAUACAUUGGAGAAACGAUUGUCACAAUACAGUCAGUCUGUCAGGGAUAGUCUACAGUUUAAUCCUCAACUAACUAUUACUAAUUUAGAUCUCAGUCCAGAAUUAGAUACACUCAGCGUUGGUGAUCGUAUAUUAGAGGUCAAUGGUAUAAGUGUCAAGGACAAUUCUAUAGAAAUGAUUGACAAGCUUUUAAAGAACUCCAGUGAAUCACUCCAGUUAACAGUAGAACAUGACCCAGUAAAGUCUCCUAGAUUGACAGACACACCUCCAUGUAGUCCUCGGGAGAGUCCAGCACAGUCAGAUGAUGUUGUCAUCAUUAAUGGGGUCUCUGUCAAAAAGAGGCUCAAACCACAUCUCAGGAAUUUGAGUCCUUCGAGAAGAAGAAGUAAAUCGCCAUCACCUUCACCGACUAGUCGCCAAAAAAGUGUUGAUCUCACUCGUGCUCAUUCCUUCCGAUUACAGAACCUUAAUCAUCGUGUCUUCCGAGCUAGUGAUCUAAUUCAUCAAGAAGUCAUAGGUGCUGGAUUCUUUGGACAAGCCAUUAAAGUUGUCCACAAAGUUACGGGGGAAGUUAUGGUGCUAAAAGAAAUGAUUAAAUUUGACGAGGAAGCACAGAAAAGUUUCCUCAAAGAGGUAUCAGUGCUUAGGAGUCUGAAUCACCCGAAUGUUUUACAGUUUAUGGGUGUGCUUUACAAAGAUAAGAAGCUGAAUUUAGUCACAGAAUAUGUGCCAUGUGGAACACUUAAAGAUCUCUUACAUGACAUGAACAAACCAUUGUCAUGGUUACAGAAAGUUAAAUUUGCCAAAGAUAUUGCUGCUGGAAUGAGUUACUUGCAUUCAAAUGAUAUUAUCCAUAGAGAUUUGAACUCACAGAAUUGUUUUGUUAAACAGAAUAUGACAGUAGUUGUAGCAGACUUUGGAUUAGCAAGGGUUAUACCAGAUCCUUAUUUCCGGCAUUCAGAAAAACCAUCACCACCAAAACUCCAUGGGAAAAAGAGAUUUCAACGCAAGAAAAGAUACACGAUUGUUGGAAGUGCCUAUUGGAUGGCACCUGAAAUGUUAAAUGGACAGAAAUAUGAUGAGAAAGUCGAUCAAUUUUCUUAUGGUAUUGUUCUUUGUGAGGUAAUAGGGCGAGUGUUUGCAGACCCAGAUCUCUUACCGAGGACCAUAGACUACGGUCUCAGUGUUGAUAUGUUUUAUAAACAGUUCUGUAUAGAAACAUCCUGUCCUGACCCAUUCUACAAAAUAGCUGUAACAUGUUGUCAAAUUGUUCCAGAAAAAAGGCCAUCAUUUGAAAAAAUAGAAGUUUUAACAGACAGUUUACUCCUGCAUUUAGAACAUGGAGGACCCCUUCCACCUGAUCUCUGUGGUAACCCAGUGGAAUAUUACUACUCUAUAAGAGAUGGACAUAAUACACCAGCCACAAAAUAUCAUAUCAAAGAAACAUGCUCGAACGGUAAAAGUUACGAUAAAGAGACGGAUAAUGAUACACACAGUGUUGAUACCACAAAGGAUUCUGGGAGUGAUAGUGACAUGAAUGGUAGUAUUAUAAGACCGUCAGAGCUUAUAUCUAUCAACAUAUCAGAUGUAUCAAAUUUAUCUGAAUACUCAGAAAAAUCAACACCUUCAGACAUUUCUAUAUGUGAAGAAGUACCUUCAGAAAGACAUAAAGAUACGAAAUUUGAAUGUGCAAGACUCAAUCUAUUUCAAGAUAGUGUCGCAUCUCAUUCUAAAAGAUAUGGUAACGAUUUUACUCAACCAGAUGACUCAAAAAGAUAUGCUGAAGAUUUGAAGGAACUCAAACAUUCAAAACGACAAGCACAUGACUUUGAAGAAAUGGAUCAUUCAAAUAGACAAGGAAAUGACUUGAAAGUUUCCGACCAAACUAAAAGACAUGCAAAUAAAUUUAAAAGUGCUGACUUGACUGAUAACCAAAGCUGUGAUAUUUCAAACAAUCUUCCAUCAAAUCAAUAUUCUGUGGAUAUUAAAAUACAAUUAUCAUCUGAAUUUAAUGAAGUUCAAGAUUCUAAAAAAAAUGUAACAGUAGAAUUACCUUCUGAAUGUAAUAAAGUUCAGGAUUUAAACAUGGAAACAAGCAUAAGAGAUAAAACUUUAAAUUCUCCCAACUAUAUACCUGUGAUAAAUAGCUCUGACAUUAGCAUAAAAAAGGACAUAUCCAUGGAAAGUUUGAACGAUUAUUUUGAUUCUCAUGAAAAGUUUGAAGACAAAGAAAAUUGUUCCAGUGCCGAUAUUUCAAUGACUGAUGAACAGUGCAAUCAGCUAUAUGUAUGUCGAUCUGGCGAACGACUACACAAGUUUAUGACAUGCUCACCGAAUAAUUCAUCUGCCUCAUCGUCCUCAUCGUCAUAUUAUUCAUUAUCGUCGUCUCCAGGUGCUUCUUUAACGUUUUCAUCGACAUGUCAAGUAGAUGAAAAAAUUGAUGAAAAUACUUAAUGUGUUGAUAUACAUGUAUUUGUUAAUUAUUUUUGCCUCUUUGCCUACUUCAUUAAUUAAAUAACGUUGUUGAAAUA